AUGCUGAUACUUAUUCUUUUUUUUUCUUCUGUCUCUUCCUCCUCUUCUUCACCUACCUCGUCGUCCUCCUCCUUUUUCUUCUUCCGCCUCCUCAUCAUUCUUAUUCUUCAUCCUUUUCCUCUUCCUUCUUCAUCCUCCUCCUCCUCCUCCUUCUUCUUCUUCUUCUCCCUCCUCGUUAUUCUUCUUUUUUUUUCCGCCUAUUCCUCCUCAUUCUUCUUCGUCCUCCCCCUUCUUCUUCUUCUUUUUCUUCUUCCGCAUUCUCCUCAUUCUUAUUCUUCAUCCUCCUACUCUUCCUUCUUCUUCAUCCUCCUCCUCCUUUUUCUCCCUCCUCAUUCUUCUUUUUCUUCUUCCGCCUCUUCCUCCUCAUUCUUCUUCAUCCACCUCGUCCUCCUCCUCCUCCUUUUUUUUCUUCGACCUCCUCCUCAUUCUUAUUUUCAUCCUCCCCCUCUUCUUUCUUCUUCAUCCUUACUCCUCCUUCUUCUUCUCCCUCCUCUCAUUAUUCUUUUUCUUCUUCUACCUCUUUCCUUCUCCCUACGUUAG